AUGGCAACCUCGCGGCCUGGUCGGGUUAAGCCACAACCCGAGAUCGUCCUCACGCCCGCUGAGGACCCUACCGGCAAUGACAAUCUCACCCUACGCCACUCGGAAGGGGCCAAACCCAAUAACCCCCCGGCGCUUGAGUUACCAGGACAAGACGCCCGUAUUCUGAUCAAGCCCUCCGACUGUGGUGAUAGGUUGGGAUUUGCAUGGUCUAUGCGAAAGAAGUGGUACUGCUUAUGGGUGAUAUUCUUCGUGCAGGUAUCCAUGAACCUGAACACGACGAUCUACUCCAAUGCCAUCGAUGGCAUAUCACUCGAGUGGGAGCUAACCCCGUAUCUAAUACGGUGGGGUGGCGCAGCCUCAUUCCUGCUUACCUACGCGUUCGGUUGCGAGCUUUGGGCACCGUGGUCCGAAGAGUUCGGUCGGAAAAUCGUCCUACAACUGUCGCUGGGCUCGGUGAACGCGUUCGCAUUCAUCGUGGGCCUUGCCCCGAAUUGGCCGGUACACAUCUUUGGCCGAUUCAUGGGUGGCCUAUCCAGCGCCGGAGGUAGUGUGACGCUUGCGGUUGUAUCCGACAUGUUCGAUCAUGACGAUCCUAUGUUCCAGUAUGCGGUACUCUUCAUAGUGUUCUCAUCGGUCGGUGGCUCUAUUGUCGGCCCUAUUAUAGGUGGUGCCAUUGAGGGACAUACCUCCUGGCGAUGGUGCAUCUGGAUCCAACUCCUUGUUGGUGUCGCGGUGCAACUGUUACACCUCUGGGUCGUGCCGGAGACUCGAGCUACCGUCAUAAUGGACAAGGUCGCUAAGGAACACCGCAAGUCCGGCAAGAACCCGCACCUCUACGGGCCGAACGAGGUAGCUGGCAGGAAGCGCAUAGACUGGGCCGAGGUAGGGCAGAUCUGGAUACGGCCGUUCAAGAUGUUCUUUACAGAACCGAUUGUGCUCGUAUUCUCCCUAUUGUCCGGUUUCUCCGAUGCCCUCAUCUUUAUGAUGAUCCAGUCGUUUGGUUUCGUAUACUGGCAAUAUGGCUUCACCCCUCUCCAAACCGGGUUAUGCUUCAUCCCUAUCGGUCUUGGCUACGUGAUCGGUGCUCUGUCGUUCCUCUUCGUCAUCAACCGCAACAUACAACUGCGGAAGAAGACGCCACAAUCGGAGUAUGCGAUGUACGAGUCUCGGCUUUGGUGGCUAUUGUACUUGGCACCUUUGUUGCCUAUUGGCCUUCUGGAGUUCGCUUUUACAGCGGCAUACUUCACGACGCCGAUACACCCGAUAGCCAGUAUGAUAGGGUCCUGCAUGAUCGGUAUAGCCAAUCUUGCCAUUUAUAUGGCAACCAUCGACUAUGUCUUGAGGGCAUACGGACCAUACGCCGCGUCCGCGACGGGUGGCAAUGGGUGGGCGAGAGACUUCCUCGCUGGAAUACUAACUCCUUAUGCGAUCCCCAUGUAUGUCAAACCUCCCCAUCGUAUCCUCUCCAUCUUCAUGGCGACCAUCAUACUGGUAAUUAUCGCAACCGUUCUCACGAGUGCCGUCUUCAUCGUAUAUAAAUACGGCCCGGUACUCCGUCGGUCUUCACGCUUCGCCCAGACAAUCGCCAAUGCCGAGGCAGACCAGGCGACCUCCUCCAGCUCGGACGGCGAUAAUGAGGCCGUGAACGGGGGUGCUGACAACGAUGACCACGACGGCACUCGUGGCUCCCAUGCUGCUCGCGAUCCCGAACGCGUGGACAGGAUAAACCAUACCGUCCACGUAAAUCGCGUACUCAACUUCCUGCCUCCGGAUAGCUUACCAGGUAGUCGCUCCAACUCGCAACCGAACUCUGCAGUCAACUCGCCAGUCGUUUCGCCCCGCACUAGCGUUGAGGUGCCGAAGAGGAACCCACAGUUGCAUGCUCGACGAAGUGGCCAGGCGUAUUCGCGGACCCAUUUGCGAGUGCCUGGGGCACCUUAAGUGGUUCCUAGUGAAAAAUGACGCGGUGGACGAGAGUUCGGCGAGGAGUAGGGGCAUUAACAAGAGCUAUGUUCCGGAGCAGAGGGAGAGGCCAACGAGCAACCGGCCGAAUCGAACGGUGAGAACGGCGAGAAGAGAUAAUGAGGAGAAUGGCGUAAAGGGGAAGAAAGGUCGUAGGAAAG